AUGCACUGGGAGAAAAUAGAGAUCAAGGUGAAGCGUCAAGAGCCCAUCCCAGGCAAAUCGCCGGGGAGGAAAGGCGGCAAGCACGGACCAGGGAGAAAAUGGGGUCAUACGCUAAAUGCCGUCAACUAUGGUCGUCAGGUGUACGUGUUCGGAGGCUAUGGCAAGGACGAGCGGCAGACGAACGACGUCUACGUGUACAACACAACCAAGGACGCGUGGAGCAAGCCGAACAUCAAGGGCACGCCGCCGUCGCCGCGCGACAGCCACACGAGCACGGUGGUGGGCAGCAGGCUGUUCGUCUUUGGCGGCACGGAUGGGUCGUCGGGGCUUAACGACCUCUACAUGCUCGACACCUCAACCAACACGUGGACGCGGCUGGCGGCGCAGGGGGACGUGCCAGCAGCGCGCGAGGGGCAUGCAGCAGCGCGGGUGGAGGGGCUGGUGUAUGUGUUUGGCGGGUGUGGCAAGGCGGGCGAGGGGGGGACGGUGGACGAGACUUACUACAACGACGUGCAUGUGUUCAACCCUGGUAAGGAGGAGUUUAACCCUUGCCAGCUGCGCGCGAGGGGCAUGCAGCAGCGCGGGUGGAGUGGAGGGGCUGGUGUACGUGUUCGGGUGGUGGGGUGUGGCAAGGCGGGCGAGGGGGGGACGGUGGAUGAGACGUGUUACAACGACGCGCAUGUGUUCAACCCUGACACGAUGCGGUGGGCGCGGGUGGCGACAACAGGCACGGCGCCGUCACCAAGGGACAGCCACAGCUGCUGCGCGUGGGGCAACCAGCUGAUUGUGUUUGGCGGGGAGGACUCUCGCAACUGCUACCUCAGUGACGUCUUUGUUCUCGACACCAGCUCGCUGGUGUGGAGGGAGGUGAGGGCGAGGGGGCAGAAGCCCCUGCCUCGAGCGGGGCAUGUGGCGGUAACAGCGGGGCGCUACAUGGUGGUGUUUGGGGGCUUCACGGAUGAGCGCCGCCUCUUCAACGACCUCCACGUGCUCGACCUCUCAUCGGAGCACUGGCAGCAGUACACGCCCACAGGAGACGUGCCUUCACGGCGCUUCUCCCUCUCAGCUGACCUGCUGGACACAGUGUCGGGCAAGAUGAUGCUCUUCGGGGGCUGCAACGAUGAUUUGGAGGCCCUGGAGGACGCUUACUUUCUGCACACAGAUUUCGGGUCGCAUGCAGUGGAGUUUCCCCGGCCGCUCCCACAAGUCUCACCAGCUCUACCCCCCGGGCUGCACCCCGCAGACCUGAUAGCGCCAGCGGCAGGGAGGUGCCUCCCCCAGGUGGCACCAGCCCUACCACCAGGCCUGCACCCAGCAGACCUGAUAGCACCGGCAGGCAGGGAGGUGCCGUUUGAGGCGCAGAUAGUUGACGUCUUCCACCUCGGCUACUGCCUGCGCGCCACUGUGGCUGGGCGCCCCCUGCACGGGCUGCUCUUCUCCUACGACCCUUCUUUUGCCCAGGCUGCUCUGGCCCGCCAGGCGCAAAGGCAAGCGGGCACACGGUCAUCACGCCAGCCCCCACCCCUUCCACCACAUCUCACCUUCUCUCCAGAAACCGGCUCCCACACCAUCACCGUUCCUGACCCCCACCGCCGGAGAACUUCUGCUGCUGCUGCAGCCACUGCCGCGUCUGCCAGUGCUAAUGCUGCUGCUGCUGCUGCUGCUUCUGCUGCUGCUUCUGGCGCUGUUGGUGGGGCGGCGGGUAAUGGUGCACUGACUGCAGUUACAUCUCACGGCGUAACUGUGCCAGGCGCGGUUACAUCUCCGGCUGUAACACCGCCGACAGCUGCUGCUGUGACACCAGCUGAUGGGGGGUCGAGAGGAGGGGCGGCAGCGGGAGGAGGUGAGGAGGGAGAAUCCGGAGCGACUCUACACCGACCAGAUCGUAAAAAUGUCGCGAUUAGAGCCAAUUCGCAGCGUAGUGACAAUUCUGCUUCAAACGAGUCGGCUUCUAGCGAGUCUGCUUCCACUGGUGCUAGCCGAGCCAACGAUGCUCCGCAAGUCCCGGGAAGGAGUCCCGGUUCGCCGAAUCCGGUGCCUAGAUCUCGGCCGUCCGAUCUGGACAUCCCGUUCGAUCCUGCGGUGGACGCAAUGAUUGCGGCGGAGAUGGCGGGGAGGAAGAGCAACGACCCACCACUACCUGCAGAAAAAGAGAGACAAGCCACCCAGCUGGGCACGCUGUUGAAGCAGUUCGUCCGCGUGGCGGCACCCUAUUGGUCGUCGGAGGACAAGGGCCAGGCGCGGCUGCGAUUGGCGGCGGUGUUUGUCUUCGCGCUGGGCUGCACUGGCGUCUCCGUACUCUUCAACUUCUUAUACCGAGACUUCUACAACGCUAUAGCGAGCAAGGACGAGGAGGCAUUCGUGCAGCAGCUCUUGUGGUUUCUCGGCGCCACUGUGGGGGGCGUGCCGGUGUUUGUGUUUCGGGACUACCUAAGAGACACGCUGGCGCUGAGGUGGCGGGCGUGGAUGACGACAGACCUGCUCAACAAGUACUUCCAGCACCGAACUUUCUAUAACAUCCAGUCGCAGUCCCUAAUAGACAACCCGGACCAGCGAAUCAACGAGGACGUGGACGACUUCACCACCACCUCGCUCACCUUCUCCCUCGCACUCGUCAACGCCAUAGUGGAUCUCAUCUCCUUCUCCGGCAUCCUCUACUCCAUCUACCCGCCGCUCUUCGCUGUUCUACUGGCGUACUCGCUUGGGGGCACGGCCAUCAGCGUGUAUUUAGGCAGGGAGCUAGUGGGGCUCAACUUUCUGCAGGAGAAGAAGGAGGCUGAUUUCCGGUAUGGGCUGGUGCGAGCGCGCGAGAACGCUGAGAGCAUCGCCUUCUAUGGGGGCGAGCGCAGUGAGACGCGCCUGCUGCUGCAGCGCUUCCGCCAAUCGUUCACCAACUAUGCUCGCCUGCUGGUGGUAGGCCGCAACCUGGAUUUCUUCACCAGCAACUACCGCUAUCUCAUCCAGCUGCUGCCGGCGGCCGUGGUGGCGCCUCUCUACUUCCGCGGGGAGAUAGAGUUUGGCGUCAUCAACCAGUCCUUCUCCGCCUUCAACCACGUCCUAGGGGAUUUCUCCAUCAUCGUGUUUCAGUUCCAAGCGCUCUCCCAUUUCUCCGCUAUUGUGGAACGGCUGGGCGAGUUCCAGGAGGUGUUGGAUGACCAGAGCAAGCCAGCCGCGCUGCCAGCCACCUCUGCUGCUUCUCCUGCGGCAACUGCUGGGACCGCGGACACAAAAGCGGAAGGGGAGGGGGAGAAACCAGAGGGAAGCACACAGGCGACAGCAGCGGAGGCAGCUGCGGAGCACCUGGCGUCGCUGUUCAACAGCUUCAUCACCAUUGAAAACGUGGACGGACUCACUCUCUGCACGCCACAGUAUGCCUCAUGCCUUCUCUCUGGCCUCUCGCUCUCUGUCAAGCAAGGCGAGCACCUGCUGGUGAGUGCAGAGAGGGGAGCACCUGUUGCUGGUGAUGAGUGCAAAGAGCGUAGUAGCACCAGUUGUGGAAGUGACAACUUGCAAUGGCUUUCUUUUGCAUCACAUUCCCCCAUUCCAUCUCAUCCCCGCAUCCCUCUCUGGCGCUCCUCACCCCACCACCCCUUCCCUUUGCGCCCUCUCCUGGCCCCCAUCCUUUCCCCCCUGCACCCUCUCCCCCAACCCCCACCCUUGAUAAUGGGUCCCAAUCAUGGGUCCCAGCGUAUGAAGAAGUGUUUUGAGACGUCUCAAAACGCUGCACCUUCCUUUCCCCCUCUCCUUUCCCCCUCUCCUUUCCCCCUCUCCUUUCCCCCUCUCCUUUCCCCCUCUCCUUUCCCCCUCUCCUUUCCCCCUCUCCUUCCCCCCUCUCCUUUCCCCCUCACCUUUCCCCCUCUCCUUUCCCCCUCUCCUUCCCCCCACGCCAGAUCAUGGGUCCCAGCGGCAGUGGCAAGACCUCUCUGCUUCGAGCCGUUGCCGGGCUUUGGCGUUCGGGCAGCGGAACGUGUGGUGAAAGCAGAGGGCGAUGUGGCUGACGUGGAGGAGGGGGUGAUGGACGCAGGAGGGGCGGUGUUCUUUGUCCCGCAGCGGCCGUACAUGGUGCUGGGGUCACUGAGGCAGCAGCUGCUGUACCCCACGUGGAGUGAGCUGGAGGAGGGCGAAGUGGCUGGGCGGGCGGGCGAUGAGGGGACAAUGGCGCAGAGGGAGGGGGGUGAGGGGAGCGAGGAGAAGGACGGGAGGGAGGGGAAGGACGGGAGGGAGGGGAACGAGGGGAGCAUGGAGGGGUGGUGGACGGUGGGGGGGUUGAUGCAGCGGUUGGGGAUCAAGAAGGAUGCCGACAAUGGAGGGACAGCUGGGUUCCCUCCCACCUCCAUUUCCACCCUAGCCCCAUCACCCCACAACAUGGCCCACCGCCCUCAGCCGUCGGAUGAUGAGCUCCUGGCAGUGCUGGACGGUGUGAGAUUGCGCCACGUGGCGGAGCGUCAGGGCGGGCUGGAUGCGCAGGUGGAGUGGGCGAGUGUCCUGUCGCUGGGCGAGCAGCAGCGCCUCGCCUUCGCCCGCCUGCUGCUGUCCAGGCCGGAGCUAGCCCUCAUGGACGAAUCUACUAGCGCAUUGGACGAAGACAACGAGGCGCACGUGUACGGGCUAGUGGAAGCAGCAGGAGUGACGUUCAUCAGCAUCGGCCACCGCAGCUCCCUCCGCCGCUUCCACUCACUCCUCCUCACCCUCACACCCGCUGGGAGGGCCGACGCCGCUGCUGACGUCACUGGUGAUGCCAGGGACAGCAGUAAUGAUGUCAGCAGUGGGGGAGGGGCAGUGGAAGGGAAGCGGGUGGUGGCACGUGGAACAGGCAGCAUGUGGACGCUGGAGAGAAUAGGAGAGUAG